GCUCUCUGGGCGGCGGAGUGGCUGCAAACCCAUGCUGACCCCGCUGCCUUCAAGCCAGGCUGGACGUACAUGCUAGAGGCGGUGUACGGCAACAACACGGUCAUAGUGCCGUACACCUUUGCUGGCCUGGUGUUGCUGGGAGCCACUGACCCGCGGGGGGCUGAGGUCCCCCUGGCAGAGCUGCCCCGACUGGCGGCAGAGCUACGGGUCACGACAGCAGUGCCGUACAUCACCGGUCCGCUUUCCCAGCUGCUCAAAAAUCUACCCGGUUCGAGGCCUGGCGACCAGAGCAUGGCCACGUACAACAGUGGUGACACGCCGCCGCCGGCACCGGCCUUCGAGGGCUGGAUCAUCGCCACGGCGGACGGGGGAACUCCACGGCAGAAGCUCGUCCAGCUGUCGUACAAGCGGGCCUGCCUAGCUGGGAAGCUGCUUCAUCCGCUUUCUGUGUGGGACCUUAUUCGCAACGAAGGGGCCAGCCGUAAGUCCCUCUUCCUGGGCCUGCCAGUACAUUUUCAGAGGGAGCUGGCAGCGAUACUGGAGGCGCUGGAGGCCGGCUACCAGCGCGCAGGAAAUCAGUUGCUGCUGCUGCUGGAACGACACCGGGGGCCGCAGCAGGGACAACCGCAGCGGCAGGAGCCGCCGCCGCCGCCACACCGAGCUCAAGGCGCAAGCAGGUCUCAGGAAACAGAGGGCCCAGGAAAUUGCGGCAGGCCACGCGGCAUGGAAUCCGCAUCAGCAACUGGCACGGCUGCAGGGACGCGGGCGCUGCCGGCUGCAGUGGUCCUACCCACGGAGCAGUUCGCGGCACUCCAGUUGGAGCAGGACGAGGCGGGGUUACCUGCGGCGGUGGCGGAUGAAGGGGAUGAGCUUGAGGCGCUGAUGAGGGCAGUGCGCCAGGAGCAGGCGGCGGCGCGUUCAGGGAGCGUGACCAGCAACUGCGGUCUCCCAGGCAGCGGCGGUGGAAACGGUGAUGGCUGCACCCACGAUGUUGAACAGUUUCACAGCAGGCCCGCAUUCCGGCGCGCCCUGAAGUACGCUGUUGCCCAUGGUCAUACACCAUGGCCGCUCGACAAUGAAGGUGACCUACUGGCGCUCAGCAUGUAUUAUGAACACGCCGCCAGGACUGCCCCGCUGCUCCGCGCCCUCCUGCUAGAUUGUGUGCGGCCGGCUGAGGACGGCUCGCUGCCAGGCUACACGCCCUCCCCCGCCUUCACGCAGACCUGGGCCAAGGGCUGGACUCAGGGCCCCUCCGAGGGCCGCCUGGCGCCCGCACCGCCGGCCCUGCUGCACGCCAUGCUGCAGGAUGAUGUUCUGGAGCGGUGCCUGGCACCACUGUCCGGUCGGGAUCUGGUGGCCGCCUUGCUGGUGUGCGGCAGGUGGCGCCGAGUGCUGGAGGGGGCGACGCAACCGGAGCCGCUGGCCGCCAGGCUGGAGGCGGGAAGGAACGACCACAACUUUGGAGAAAUCUUUUGGGAGUCUGCCUGCCGCAUGGGAGGAGUAUGUAGAUAA